GAAGUCAGAGAGGGACCCGCGACCCUCUCUUUUCUCCUCCCACAGCCGCCAACCCCUCUGGCUGCGCUUCUCCAGCUCCUGAGGCCAGCGCAAAGCCGUCGCGCACGCCCCGAGCCGUCGCACCUGCACCUCGCAGCAUUGUCCAGCACUGUCGCCCAAGUCCCUUCUGCUCCCGGCCCCCUCUGCCUCCUCCUCAUCACUCCUGCUGGACCUGUUUGCACCACCUUCGCCCCCCGCAAAACCUCCCAGCACCUCCUAACCACUUUGCCCUUUUCAGUCUGCGCCUUCUCGCCCCCCUCGUACGCCCCACAGUCAUGAGCUGCCCCUUCAGCAAGAGGCUUUCCCUGGUCGCCUUCCUGCGGCGUCGGGGAGACCUCGGGCAGCCCCCACGGCCCGUGACAUCCUCAGCAUGCGCCACCCCUCCGACCCGGGAGGUGCCCCUCUGCCCGCUAAAGGCAGGCGGAGAGACGCAGAAUGCCACUGCCCUCCCCGGACCCACCAACUGGCCACUGCUGGGCAGUCUAGUGGAGAUUCUUUGGAAAGGUGGCCUGAAGAAACAGCACGACACUCUGGCCGAGUACCACCGGAGGUACGGCAAGAUCUUCCGCUUGAAGUUGGGGUCCUUCGACUCGGUGCACCUGGGCUCGCCCUGCCUGCUGGAAGCGCUGUACCGCGCCGAGAGCGCGUUUCCCCAAAGGCUGGAGAUCAAGCCGUGGAAGGCCUAUCGCGACCUCCGCCGCGAGGGCUACGGGCUGCUCAUCCUGGAAGGGGAAGACUGGCAGAGGGUCCGCAGUGCUUUUCAAAAGAAACUAAUGAAGCCAGUGGAAGUCAUGAAGCUAGACAGCAAGAUCAACGAGGUCUUGGCUGACUUUAUGCGGAGAACAGAUGAACUGUGUGAUGAGAGAGGCCGCAUCCAGGACUUACACGGCGAGCUGAACAAAUGGUCAUUUGAAAGCAUCUGCCUCGUGCUGUACGAGAAGCGGUUCGGGCUCCUCCAGAAGGACGCAGGGGAGGAAGCUCUGGCCUUCAUCACGGCCGUGAAAACGAUGAUGAGCACGUUUGGAAAGAUGAUGGUAACCCCGGUGGAGCUGCACAAGACCCUCAACACCAAGGUGUGGCAGGCGCACACGCUGGCCUGGGACACCAUCUUCAAAUCAGUCAAGUCUUGUAUCAACGCCCGACUGGAGAAACACGCCCAGCAGCCUGGCGCCGACUUCCUUUGUGACAUUUACCACCACAACCGGCUGUCCAAGAAGGACCUGUAUGCCGCUGUCACGGAGCUCCAGCUGGCGGCGGUAGAAACGACAGCAAACAGCUUAAUGUGGAUUCUCUACAAUUUAUCCCGUAAUCCCCACGCACAGCAAAAACUUCUUAUGGAAAUUCAGAGUGUGUUUCCUGAAAACCAGAUACCGCAGGCUGAAGAUCUGAGGAAUCUCCCAUAUUUAAAAGCCUGUCUGAAAGAAUCGAUGAGGUUGACCCCCAGUGUGCCCUUUACAACUCGGACUCUCGAUAAGACAACAGUUGUGGGCGAAUACACUUUACCCAAAGGAACAGUGUUAAUGCUAAACACCCAGGUGCUGGGUUCCGACGAAGACAAUUUUGAAGAUGCCAGUCAGUUUCAACCCGAACGUUGGCUUGGAAAGGAGAAAAAAAUCAAUCCUUUUGCACAUCUACCAUUCGGCCUUGGGAAAAGAAUGUGUGUUGGGCGUCGGCUGGCUGAGCUCCAGCUGCACUUGGCUCUUUGCUGGAUCGUCCGCAAGUACCGCAUUGAGGCCACGGACGAGGACCCUGUGGAGAUGCUGCACCUGGGUAUCCUGGUGCCCAGCCGUGAGCUCCCCAUUGCGUUCCGCCCUCGGUAGAAUGUCCAGAUCUUUUUGACCAGUAUCAAGAAAGUCAAUCCUCCCCUUCCUACAAGAACAGUGCUGAUGGCUUCAGUAUUCCUGGAAAAACAAGCUUCAAAAGACAGAGCUUGCAGCAAGAUAUGCACAUGCCCCACACGGGCUUCCGUAGAACUGACCUCCAGGUUGUCGUCUCCCAGCAACAGUGUGCCCGCAGACCCUCUCCAGUGCUGCCAGGCAACUCAGGGCUGACUCGCUGCUGCUCCAGGCUGGCCCAGUGUCAGAGCCCUCCUGAAGGCCAUGGAGAUGCUCCAGAGAAAACCUCUUUUGUCAUCCAGGCUAUGAACAGUCAGUCCUGCCAGUCGGGAAAGACUGCACCUUCCACCAAACCCAUAGUUGAAUCUGUAAUUCCCAGAACUAUGCUUACAUUUCACAAUGAGAAACUCAACACAGGUUAAUUGUCUACGGCUUGAGCAGUACCGCUGAUGUAUCCAUUGCUACUCUGCUUCAUGUAAUAUUUGAGGAAACGCCAGCUUAAUAAUGUUAAGCAAAGCUAAAUAUUGGUUAAAGGCCCUCAGGAAACUGCUUUUACUAUGUGGUAAGUGGAAAGGUUACUGGGAAAUUAGAGACUAUCCUAAGAAGUCCUUUAAUGAAGUCAGGACUCCUAAUUUAAGAAUACCUUUACGAUUUCUUGAGUUAUUUGUUUAAAGGAUAUGUAAUUUUUAAAAUUUUCAUUAAUUUCUUUCUUCUACAGUGCUGGAGAAUGGAUAGAAAAAUCAACAGUUUCUAAGAUGUGUGUGUGCGUGUGUGUGUGUGUGUCUGCACAUGCAUAUGCAUGUCAGUGUUAGCACACAGGUACACAUAUGGGGGUAUUUCCAUGGUGAUUCACUUCAAUCAUGUGGACAUAUAAAGAUACAUGGUGCCUAAUUUAUGAUCUGUGGCACAGGGCAAUGUCCUGAAAUUUAGCCUUAGCUCAAAAAUGUUUGUGUGUCUUUAAGAAAAUGAUCUUCCAUCCCUUGGUUUUCUCCUUUAUACAUAGUAAAGUGUGUACACUUUAGAUAUUAGCUUUAUAACAUCUGUUGUGUUAUUGAACCUCUUGGGAAAAUACUAUUUCAUAAGUGCAAAAUACAUCUUAAAAUAGAAUAUGCAACAUUUACAAAACUUACAAAAUGUUUA